AUCGACGACGCCGACGACAACCACAACCAACAACUCAGCACUACGACCGAUGAUGGCCGUCACACCACGAAAGCUGGUGCACUGGGGUCUUGAUGUCUCUAUUUCUGAUCUUGGAUCACCAUGCUCGGAAGCAACGUCCUCCGAUUCCGUCGCGUCAACGUCCAGUCUGGAAUACAUCAACUCUCAGCUUGUGGCACAUGGAUUCACCCAUUCACCCGGGAUCUCCUUUGAAGGACUCUCAAAUCCUGACACCGAUCAGCUGGCGAAGUGUUUGCUUGCUAUGUUAGGCCAAAGAGUGAAUGACAUGUCUCGCGCUGAAGAUUUAUCGACCAGUUUGCGCACCCUUUCUUAUGACCACGAGCGGCUUCUGGGGAUGCAUCGUUCAGCCACUGAGAAGGCAGCUAAUGCAGAGCGCGAAAUGAACGUUUACAAGUCACGAAUGGCAACGGCCUCCAAAACCUUGGCAGCUUCGGAAUCAGCCCAUAAGCAAACUUCAGCCGAGCUUCAGCGCACACGCUCCUCGUUGAUCGCUCUCCGGGCGACUCACUCGGCGGAAAUCAAAAAGAAAGAGAAAGACGUCGAACGCAUUAUCGAGAAAUGGUCAAAGCUUUCUGACAUGCAGACCAAGCUGUCGACUUCGUCCUCGGGAUUGACUUUUCGAUGCGGUAAUGCCGACGUGGUGAGCGGGUCCGAAACCCUUGGCAAGGGAAAAGGAUACCUUGAGAUUGCUCUUGAGCAAGCUGAAUCUGCUCGCGCUUCACUAGCUGAUGAAACGUUGGCGUUACAGCGACUUGUUGUAAAUGUCGCAAACCGACUGCAGUCAGUACUGCACGAACUGCGAUGUUUGAUUUCGCCUUGUGAUGAAGAGCCUGCAAUAAUAACGCACAGCGUAUUGUUCUCUUUAGCACAUCCCAACGCUGCCAAUGACAAGCUUUCUGCUCUUUUUUCCUCGGCGCACAGCAUCUUCGAUGACAUUUCAGAACGCCUGUCACAGCGAGCUGCCGCACCACCAGCACCAGACUGCGCCAAGGCUUCGGAUGUUCUGGAGAAUAAACGAUUACAAGGAAUCGUCGACGAGUUGCGCUCAGAACUUGAUGGAGCUAAGAAACUCCACGACAGGCAUAUUGUAGAGACUCAGGCCCUCUUGAUGCAAAUUGCAUCCCAAACAUUAUCUACAGAACGCCAUCCAAGGGACGAAAGCGUCGAGCUCAUGACACAGCCAGAGCGAGACCUUGCCGCUGAGCGCCUUGAGCGAAUGAAGACCGAACUUGAUGAGGAGCGGAAAAAGUUUACCGAUGCUGCUGUCAAACUCGGCAAGGAGAAAGCCGCUCUGGAGACUGAGCGCAUCCAGUUCAUCGAAGAGAAACGUUCAUGGCAUGUCGAGCAGAUGCUCUCCGAUCUCCCACCAACACCUCCUACAACUUCCCAACCUGCACCUCUACCACCUCAGCCUCAUAAGAUCAAGUCGCCUCGAAAGUCGCCUAUGAAGCCCAAGGUUGUCGGCAAGGUGGCAAGCAGAAAGACCCGAGUGUCUCGGCGCUCCUCGUCCUCGAUCACACCACCAAGUAAAAUGGAGCCUGCGUAUGAGACGGAGGUGAUUCCUAUCACUAUCCCACCGGCUGCCUUUGAGGCGUUAGGAAAAAAGUCAACCUUGGCGCAGUCUAUUUUACCCUCCGCGUUUGUGCUCCCUCCGCGUUCACCCCGGACGUCCUUACCCCCUGUGGAGGCAUUCCUUCCUCCAGCGAUGAUCACACAUCAGGCAAUGUCAGGAGGAAAUUCGACCGACACCGAGUCAGCCUCCGCUUCGAGCACUGAUACUUCUUCGUUAGAUGACACGUCGCCUCCUACUCAGGCACGAGCCGUAAUACCGAAAAUUGUCCUUCCAUCACCUAAAACACCUCCUGCUCCUGUUGUAAAUACACUCCGUCCAUUCCCGCUUGCGAAGCCACUUGCGCCACACAUGUCACAUGCUUACUCGCCUGUCAAACCAAGCCCACUCUCUCGCAUUCUUAUGCUUGCGAACUCUCCUGACAGCCUGGAUGGGGUAUCAGAAGAGGGCGAAGACUCUCCGAUGUCUGUUGUUACCCCACCAGUUGCUACAAAGAAGACGACGUUCCAAAGCGAAUCAGAGUCAGAUGAUAGUCCUCUGAGGGAUAAGAAGACCGAGCCAAAUGUUGUUCAUCUGGUUCCCUUCAAAAAAGUGCUACCCCCCGAAUCGAAGCGCUUUUCGACAAAAGAGAAGGGAAAGACCAAAGCGGAGCUUGUUCCUGGAAAGCUGAAGCCAGAGAAAGAAAACUGCGACAAGGUCUUCCGAAAACCAUCUCCUUCGUUGCCUCCUGCUCCUCAACCAAAGCUGAAGGCUAGCAGCUCAGCUGCAAACAAGCCUGCACCGAAGCUGCCUUCCGGAAAGGGCGGUGCGAGGAGGGUAUUAAUUGGGAGUGCUGAAGCCGCUCCUUUGCCUGGAUGGCGAGGAUGAGAGAGGUGAUGACUAAUAGUUUUUUGUACCACACACGUCCGUGAUUUUCUCCUGCCGUAUCAUUAUGAUACCCUACGGUUUUCAA